UGUGGAGGGGAGUAAAGGUAGCAGAGGGUGGGGGUAUAUUGGGCGCGGCCUAGGACGGCCGCGCACCGCGUUGUUAUAAAAAUAAUAUCAGUGUUCCCAGCGCGCUUCUCGUUAGAUAUCCCGGCCAAUAUAACCGGCGUCAGUAUAGCACGCUGCUCCUCUAGCCGUGUGUGUUUUUUCUUUCUCUUCCGUAAUCGACAUCCGUGCGCGUACGCACUUCCGACUAAGUAGGUGUGCGUGAAACUUGGACGGAGAAUCUCCCUCGUCUCGGAGCGUUUAUUCCCCAUUGAUCGUCGCGCGUUCGUCGUGAUCGCAAGCAGCGGUGAUCGAAGGCGGCCCGGUCUGAGACGGUGAAAGGGGUACGGCACGAGGAAAAAAAAGAACGAAGACGGAAGAGACAGAGGGAGAACAAGAGGGAAAGAGAGAGAGAGAGAAAGAGGAAGAGGUGAUCGGAGCGAGAGAGGAAGAAAAAAAUAGUAGCGGAGAACAGAGAGAGGGCGCACCCACGUAUACGUCCGAAGAAAGGCCAGUGUCAUUUACGAGCGUAGUAUAAACGCGGAACGGAAGCCGGGUGUCGUGUCACUUCGUUAUUCGGCCAAGCGAUACCACGCGCACCAAUAUCUCGUGUCGAAUUUAAUCCACGUGGCUAGCCGAAACGUGAAAGCAUCUCACGCGCGAACAACCAGAGGACCAACGUAAUUCCCGUGGAACGUAUCUUUCCUCUUUUUUCUGUACCGGCUUUUCUAACCCGUUGUGUCAUCGCGCGAAACGGUGUUCGUCAUCGUUCCUCGAGAGCGACAAAGAGAGAGAAAUAGAGGAGUGAGAGAGCGGUAGCGGGAACCGGAUAACGCACGGUCCCAGAAUCGUCCCGUGCAACCAAUCACGUACGAGCUCUCGGCUGUCUCCUCCGUUUAGUUGGUAAAAGUGCUCGCGCGUCUUCGAUACGUGGAGGGAUUUCUUGGUCGGCUAGAAGAGAAAGAGCGAUAGAAGGCAGCCGUGCGAGAAAGAAGGAGAAAUCGGAGGGACACGGGUAAGGGAAGGCACGGUAGUAGAAAGCCGAGGAGCAGAGGCAAGGAGGAAAGCACGAAACUGCUCCACCCGCGCGAGCUUCCCUUCGACGCUCGUCGAGAGAACGAGACUCUAUCCCGUAGGAAGUUGGAGAAACGGUGCCGGUGUGAUCUGUUCGCCUAAUCCGGUGUGUCACGCGUGAUACCGUGUGUCAUCGUGAAAAAGAGAAUCGAAACGAGAGGGCCGAGUUAACGAGCGUGUACGACGAAAGUGACGAAGCGCGUGCGAUUUACACGAGAGCGACACGGAGGAGGAGGAACACGCGCGAAGGAGUACGAAAUUAAGGAAACGAGAGAGGACGCUACUGUACGGACAGCCCGAAAGAGUUUUCGUCUGGUACGUCGUUCGUGUUCGUGUCUUCAUCGCGUAUACGACGUCGUUGUGUCCUAUUUUCAUCUUUUUCUUACUCUCCUCUCUUUCAUUCGUGUUCGUUCGGUCGCGCGAACAAGAAAUCAGCCAGUGUUUAGUGCCAGUGUUUGUCUACCUCAGUCGAUUAGCGGCAGCUAACGGUGAAUAAAGCUGCGUUUAAAGAUAUUUAGAAGAAAAAAAUAAAUAAUAAGAAGAAUAUAUUAUAUAUAUAGUAUAAUAUAUAUUAUAUUGAACAGUGCUGGAACGACGUCGAGUAUUGUUGUAAAUAGUCCAUCGGUUCUUUUUUUGUGUGAAAUUUUCAACGAACGAAGAAAAAACAAAACAUCAUCAUGUCCCUGGAUAAGUUUGCGGAAGGUGGCAUGUUAUCGAAGGAAAUGGAGCGGCUAGACAUCGAGGAGAAAAACGGCGAUGCUGCGAGCGGUGCUGGAUCAAAGAUCCUCGUAAGCAAUUUUCCAGCUCACGCCAGACCAGAGGAUAUCGAAAUAUUAUUCUCGAGUUGCGGUCAGGUGCUCACCGUUGAGAAAUUGUCCUCACGCGAUCCUAACACACAAACCGUCCUCGUUAGCUAUGAGACGCAAGAACAAGCACAGCAGGCUGUGAACCAGUUUAAUGGCCACGAAUACGAGGGUAACCCGCUAAAAGUGGAAAUGUCUACGGCGGAGAGCCGACGAAGAGGCCGCAGCCAACGCAGCGGCGUUACUUAUUCCGGAGUCUCGGGUUCCGGUCGUCAAACAGAUUUCCCGCUUCGUAUUCUUGUACAAUCGGACAUGGUCGGAGCCAUAAUCGGCCGUCAGGGAUCCACCAUACGUCAAAUCACUCAAAUGACGCGGGCGCGGGUCGACGUUCAUCGAAAGGACAAUGUUGGUUCCUUGGAAAAAGCCAUCACCAUUUACGGUAACCCGGAGAAUUGCACGAAUGCCUGUAAGAAGAUCCUGGAGGUCAUGCAGCAGGAAGCUAACAGUAUAAACAAGGGCGAGAUCACACUGAAGAUCCUCGCGCACAACAACUUGAUUGGGCGAAUAAUCGGAAAAGGUGGUACCACGAUCAAGAGAAUCAUGCAGGACACAGAUACGAAGAUCACUGUGAGCAGUAUCAACGAUAUCAAUAGCUUUAAUCUUGAACGCAUCAUCACAGUCAAGGGCACCAUCGAGAACAUGAGCAAAGCUGAAUCCAUGAUCUCCAGCAAAUUACGCCAAAGCUACGAGAAUGAUUUGCAGGCGAUGGCUCCACAAAGUAUGAUGUUCCCUGGCUUGCAUCCAAUGGCUAUGAUGUCCACCGCUGGUAUGGGAUACAGUUCACGUGGUCCUGGUUUGUACGGGUCAGGACCGGCACCGUAUCCGUAUCAAGCAAGUCUGCCGCCACAACAGGGUGUCCCUGCAACCGAUACUCAAGAGACUGCCUUCCUUUACAUUCCUAACAGCAGCGUGGGUGCCAUUAUCGGAACCAAGGGUUCUCACAUCAGAAACAUUAUUAGAUUCUCCGGCGCGAGUGUUAAGAUCGCGCCGAUCGAACAAGACAAACCAGCGGAACAGCAAACUGAAAGGAAAGUGACUAUCGUCGGAUCGCCAGAAUCCCAAUGGAAGGCACAGUACUUGAUCUUUGAGAAAAUGCGCGAAGAAGGAUUUGUUGCUGGCACCGACGAUGUACGAUUGACAAUCGAGAUUCUUGUACCGAGUGCUCAAGUUGGCCGAAUCAUCGGUAAAGGCGGACAAAAUGUUAGAGAAUUGCAGCGUGUUACUGGGAGUAUCAUAAAGCUAUCGGAACAACAAUCAACAUCUCCUUCCGCCGACGAAGAGGCCACCGUCCAUAUAAUUGGUCCCUUCUUUUCUGUACAGUCGGCACAGAGAAGAAUUCGCUCUAUGGUACUGCAGUCUGGUGCACCUGGAGCAGGUGGUGCUGGUUCUCGCGCUGGUCGUGGUAGCAGCCAAGAAGGUGGUUCUCGUAGCCGAAGAGACGGCAGUACCGCGUCUCAACAGGGCGGCACAACAACGCAACACUCUUCUCAACAAUCGAGCACUUCGCCAUCAAGCCAGCAACAACCGCAAAAUCAGUAACGUCACUGAAACUUACCUGACGCCGACCAACACCUCAAAGAAUCCGUUUUAUUCGCCGGGGUGGGCCUCGUCGCUUUGACAUUCUCUCGCUAAGAAGCUACGUGCAACCUCCUUCUCGCGGAACAUGUAUCCUUCGAGACGAAGGAUAUACACGAAAGCUUUCUAUCGAUCAAAUAUUCUACGUGAUACAUGAAUCAACAGUAACGACAUUCUUCAGAAAUCAUUUUCGUUCCGUUCAAACUGAAAUCGUUGAGAGGGGAGUAUGAUCGAUGGCACGUGUUUUUUGCUUCGUUUCUUCUCUCUUGUUUUCUUUUUUUUAAUUCGUGUACGUAGUUCAAAGUAUUUUUCAUGGGUUUUCGAGAACUUGGAAAAUGUAGCGAUUUUUUUUUCUUUUAUUUUUUUUUUAGAUAGGUUUUUGUAGCGAAAUGUUUGAAAAAUUAUCAUUGUCGAUUGAACGCCAUCGAUCGUGACUCUGUUCGCGAUUUGAAAUAUUCAGGAUAAACAGGAGAAAGGAAUUGCAUGAAACGUAACGCGGUACCACGCGAAAAUAGAUGGAAGUGCACGUUACUUAACGAAAACACGUCACGCGAGACGAGGUGAGACAAGAAAGGGUUCUCGACCGUUUCGGAACGGGGCAAAUCAGAAUUCGAUUCUUCUUCGAAACGAUACACAUCGAUCUCUCACCUCCUCUGCGCGCGUCGUUUCGUUGCGAGGUCGCUCGUGAAUUUUUCUCCGGGUCGAAGCGACGGGUGACACUCGAACGAAUCGUUAACGGAAACCACCUCGUCGAUGAAAUAGGAUACGAUGAUUAAGAAACAAAUAAGCAUACACAACCUUAUUACCUCAUUCAUUACGGUUAAAGAUUUAAUAUGAUAAAGGAAAGUGAAAUGAGAAAAAGGUAAAACCAACUAAUCUAAAAAAAAAAAGAAGUCUACCUAAUAUUAAAGUUAUAAUAAUAUACAGAGAAGUUAAGUAACGAUUACACAAUUACGUUAUACAUGUUAUUACUACUACUACUAUUACUACUACUAUUACUACUAUUACUACUACUGCUAUUAACUAUUUACUUCUGCUAAGUACCCUAUACAGGAAGGCGGUUUUGUUUCUUUUUUUUUUUAAACGAAAAGAAAACUACUCUCGGUACAGUUUUUCUCUUUUUAUAUGUAUAUCACAACGCAGAGAGACAUUAAUUAACGAGACUUAAUUAUUGAAAACGCGAACGAAACGUGACACGUUCUGCGGUGGACGCAAGAGCCAGGCAAAAAUGGUUUUGCAGCCAAGACGUUCCUCAUACUCCCACCCGCCCCUGCCGACCCCUCUCGCACCGUGUAAUACCAAAGAAGCGAUCAUGAGUUUUUUCGUAUUAGUGUGAAGUGAAAUGCGUGACACACACAUGUCGUGUACGCUCUACUCGCCUCAAGUUCCUUGCAAAGAGCCAAGAAGAGUGAGAGGGGUCAAGGGACAUCGCGGUCACACGUAUACGCGGUUUUCCGCGGGGUAUCGACGAGUGGUGUUAUCGACGUCAAGGAACAACAGGAGAUGGAAGGAAACCGACAGAAACAUCAUCGUGUAGAGGAUCACUUUAGCUGAAAGUGAUCGAUUUAUAAAUUAAAAGGAAAAAAAGACGUUUUAAGAGAGAAAAGAGUGCAGAUACGCAACGGGAAACGGACGCUGUUUCGUGCUACGAGAAGGAUGUUUCCAGAGAGAAUGAAAAAGCGACCGUUGGUACAUGUACGGGGAUGCCAGCGAAAGAGAUCGCUGGCAAAAAAAUGAAAAGAAGUGGUGACGGCAGAAGAUGAAAGGAGAGAAGAAUUUAAAGAGAAAAAAAAUGAUAUGGGAGAAAGGAAAAGCUAAAACGAGCAGAUAAGAAGAAAGCAAAAGCCACAAAACUUUUUCAGGGAUUUUUACUUUACCAUGGAUGUAAUAAGUGUGUGAGUGUGCGUGUGUUGAAUAAUACUAUUAAUUGAUAAGUAAUUAAUUACCGAUUAGGCAUAUUAUUAACGGCAAGGAAAGCAAAAAUAAGAAAAAACGCCAGACAUGGUAGAAGUUUAGGCUUAUCGAGGGAAAAAACGCGAGAGAUUCUACGGUUAAGUGCUGGAAGAAGAAAGCGAAUAUUAAAUACGCGAAGGCAUCGUAAUUAUCUUUACGACGCCUUCGUCGUUCUUCGCCUCGUGAUGCGAGCGUGAAUAUCGCCAGCGAGUUCCUCGGGACGACGAUUGAACGCUGAUCCGUUUUCUUUUUGUUUCUCCUUUUUUUUUUCUAUCAUCGACGUCUAUCGACGAUCUUUGUAAAUUUUGUAAUUUUGCUUUUCCCCUCGCCUCUUCGUUUUUAAUCGUAGGAUGUAGCGUUAAAACGUUAGGGUAGUAAAUGUUAGGAAGCGUUUCGAAUUCGUUCGUAGAAACUCGCAGCGAUAUCACGGCUUCGGCACAAAGGCGCGUACCAUCGAUCACGAUGUUUCUGUCUAUGAUUCUUUCGGUCUGCAUGAUACAAAAAAAAAGAAAAAUUGGGCAUUGACGUUUUUCGAAUGCCAUUGAAAAUGUUUCGAUUCGACAUGGUCCUUCGAAAGGUACCACGCUCGUUUGGCUUCGAAACAAAAAACGUGAACGUAAUCGUAAGAAUACGUUUACCUCGACAGAAUUAUUCGUGAUCGAUUUCGUGCGAGGAAUACGAUAGUUCGUACGGGCGGGAAGCGUUUUUUGAAAGAUCGAUCGCGUAAGAGAAAUUUGGUUUUUUCUUAAAGAAAAAAAAAUUGGAGGAGAGUGAAGAUGAGGGAAAGUGGAAAAACUUUUGGGACAAAAGUGGUGGAAGGUUUAUACGCACGAUUGAUCGUAUAGGACUUGAAGUUGAAACAUACUUGAUCGAACGAAGUAACGCUUUGUUCGAUAAUCUAUUUAAUUGUGACCAAAAAAGAAACAAUGAAAAAUUAACGGACUGACGAGAUGCACGAUCACGUGCCACGAGAUAACUUUGCUAAAUCGAUCGAACCAUUCAUCUCGAUUUCAAGUAAUUAAUAUCGAAAGAACUUCCGGUAUAUUGUUAAACCGUUCAAUCAAUAUCCACGAAUUAUCGAGUUAAAGUUCCUGAAGAAUUAUCGUGGCACGUUAUCGAUGCUCAACUCUAGUACUAAUAACGUUGAAUCCUGAUAUCAGGGUUCGCGUUUUAACGACGACGUCGACGAUCGUUUCCGGUAGCACGGACUUAAUCGGACCGGCGGUUCGUCGACCCGUCGAAAUUCACCUCACGGCAUUCGGUAUGCGUUUAGUACAAAAAUACACGAGUUUAAUGUGGGUAGGAAAGCAUGAUCCAGUUUUGCGAGUGGAAACGCGUAGUAGAACCAGGCGGCAGAGAUAUAUGGCGUGUUAGGAUUUUUGUUUGUCGGGAUGAAGAGCGAAAAAGAAAAAAAGGAAAAAAAAUACGUGUAACGAGAAGAGCUGCUGGAGUGUGCGCACGAAUAUCAUCAUCCGUUGUGGGUUAUGGAAAAGAAUCGGCGGUGAAGGUAUGCAGUGGAGAGCAAAGAGACAAACGGAAACCGUCAAUGCGACUGUGUUCCGUUUUCCUCUUUUUUUUCGCUGCAUCUCGAGGAAGAGUGCCGGAAAGACGAGAACGAAAAAAAAGGGAAAGCAAAGAUGAGAGUUUCGCGUUCGGUACGCGAAAUUGACCGAAGACAGGAAGGAAAAGCGAAGGAAAAAAAAAACGGAAACGGAAAGGAAUUACGCGAAGGAGAGAACAAUGAAAAGACGAAAGAGAGAAAAUGAAUCUAAGAGUAAUAAGUUUAUUUUUGAUACAUUGUUGGGGAGAUCUAAGUGAAUCUUUCUUUUUCAAUUUUUUUGUUAGAUGUUUUUAAUAACUUAAUGAAUUUUAACGAUAUUAAAAUAAAGAGGAAAAAAAAGAGAAGCGAGGCGUGGACAUUUUUUAAAUAGAGAUAUAAGAGAUAUUAAGAGAAAGGUGGAUGAGAAGGGAAGAAGCGAGGCGAAGUGUUUUUCGUGAGAGAUUAAUUAACUUAAAAUAAAAAGAAAAAAUUAAAAAAAAAAAAAUGAAGAAGCGCGCGAUAGAGAGAGGAAGUAAAAUAAAAGUAAUGAAAGAGAGAGAGAGAGAGAAAGAGGAUGAUGAGAGAUUUAAGAAAAAAAAAGAGCGCGGCGCGCAGCUUUUUGCGCUGUGCGCGUCUGUCGCUCGUCAGGGGGGAAAAUAAAGGAGAUUUUUUUAGUCGGAUAAAUUGUAUAAUAUAUUUAAUAUAUUUGGAGAAAAACGGUAGCGACAGGGUGAAUUUCGGCGAGGGCAUCGUGUCACUUCGACGGCGAGCGACAAACGCGAUCGGGCUCGCAGUUUUAUGCGACGCGAUUUUUUUUCACGUGGUUGUCGCUUCCUGGAAAGCCUUCCUCGCCCGCCUAGCCCUUCGCUCUCGUGCUUAUUUAUCAAGCGUAAAUAUUUAAUGAAACAAAAAAGUGAAUAACAUUUUGUAAGAAAAGAUAAAAAAGGAAGAAAGAAAAAUAAAUAAAAGGAAGCAAAGAAAAACGAUGAAAGUGCCAAGGAACAAAUUAUAUAGAAAGAAAUAAAGAAACAGGACAACACACACACGCAUGCGCUGAAGACACCGUUUCAUAGAAGACGAAUCAUCCAGAAACCAUAGAGUGUAAAAUGAAUACAAGCAAGGAACAUGCAUAUCUCGUUUAUUCUGAAAAAAACAAGUAAUUCACUUUGAUAAUCCAGAAGAUCAUUUACGCUACCUCGAGAAUCACCUGAUGCCCCUUUCUCCUGAAACGAGAUGCACGCCAGAUGCAUCAGGAUCAAUUUCUUCGACAAUUUUUCGGCCAAUAUCAAUCAAAAUUCAACGCACAGGGAAACACCGUAGAGAGAAUGGAAGAAGUACAAAGAGAGAAAGCACGACGCGAGUAUAUACAGAGAUACGAUCGCUCUUUUCACAGAAUUUCGUUGUUGUUGGAAAACCAAACAAAAAAAAAAACGACUACCUGAACCAACGACGAAAACCA